CUGAUAUCGAGUCGGACUGAAGGGAAAAAUCAUUUUUUAAUUUGGUUCUUUAGGUUCAACAAUAAUGUGUUGGGAUUAGGUCUGCAUCGCCGACUAUUUGUCAACACAUCGCUAGGAAGUUUGAAUCGAUUUAUCAAUUGCCAUCUGAGCUAUCGCUUCGUUAUUCCUGCUGGAGCAUAUGUCGACUAUGAUACUUUACCACAAAUUUCUUCGUAUAGAAUAGCGGAAAAACAUUUCGAUAUUGAAGCAGCACGAGAGGCUUCCAAAGAUGAAGUUGUUUAUGUUUGCUCGAAUAAGGUUCUUCGAAAAAAUUUCAUCUAUCACGAAGAAUUUGCUUUUCCCUUUCACAUUCGCUAUCAUCGGGCUUCAAAUGCAAGUGCAAAUGUGACUCUACAAUCACCAAAAAUUUUAAUUCGAUGUGAAAAUAAUGAUACAUUUUUGAACAAUGGCUCAUGUACAAAAUGGAUCAAAAAGAUGGGAAUAGUAAAUUAUGAAAAUAUUUUCAUCAAUAUGAAAAAAUUAUUCUCAGAAUUUCUAUUUUUCCAGGCUCCUUGUGACUGCAAAACUUCCCAAAAAUGCAACUGGAUAUUUCUUAAGUCAACAUUUUCAAAUAAGGUCACAUUAUCUGUCCCAACAGGAAACUAUGAAAGUCAAACUAUUAUAUUCGUAGUAACAUUUUUUGUUGUAUUUUUAUGUAUUCUAGCCAUAGUGAUCAAUUCAAUAUUUGAUAAAAAGGGGAAAAUUGAUUAA